AUGCCUCGGAUAAGUGGAGUUUUGGAUAAAAAGACUGGAAAUCGGAAAAAUGGCUUAUUGUUUGGGACAUUUAACGUACGUACUCUUUUCAAACCAGGUGCGGCCCAAAAUAUUGUUAAAGAAAUCGAGAAAUACAAGUUAACAAUAGUGGCUUUACAAGAAAUUAGAUGGGAUGAUAAUGGAACGAUAGAUAUACAAGAAACAACAAUACUUUAUGGUAAAUGCAAUCAACAACGUCAGUUUGGAACUGGGUUUGCGGUACACAAAAGCUUAAUACCAAAUAUAAGGGAGUUCAAAGAUAUCAAUCCAAGAAUCUCAUUGUUGACAAUGAAAGUGCAGUUUUUUGACAUAACUUUCAUAAAUGUGCAUGUGCCUUCCGAAGGUAAGCCGCAGGAAGAGAAGGAUGACUUCUAUGAGUGCUUGGAUUUAACAUUAAAUGCAUUACCUCAACACAGAAUUAAAAUAGUCUUAGGUGACCUAAACGCAAAAGUUGGUAAAAAGGCUGUAUUCAGACCAAUAAUUGGUAGUCACAGCCUGCACGAGGUUACAAAUGAUAAUGGAUUAAGACUUAUCGAUUUUGCAUGUGGAAAUGGACUUGUAGUGAAAAGCACAAUGUUUCCUCAUAAAAAUAUUUAUAAGGGAACAUGGAUGUCACCAGAUGGAAUGUAG